CACCCCCUAGUGUCGAAUAUUUUCACCUGAUCAUGACAAACGUGUUUUACUAACGCCAAAUAUCAUAUUGAUAAAGUUGAUAUUUGUUUUUUUCCGACGAGAAAUUCGACACCUCCUUGACAAAUUCCUAUUGAUUAUGUCACAAGUACUACAGAGUAGUGUAUCACUGGUGUCAGUUCGUCCAAGAAAUCCCUCAAUCACUAGUGAAUUCGACGAUGAAAACAAUCCACAUCAUGUUUAUUUUGGUCACAAGAAGCCAAGGAACAGUAAAUCAUCCUCCUCUCUUCAGAGUUCUACUCCGAAUAAAAAUAUUAAUCCCACCGAGGCUAAAAAUGAAAAUGAUGGCGGUGAAAGAACAGAAUGGUCGUCUCGUUUAAAUUUUCUUUUAUCAAGUAUAAGUUUUGCAGUUGACUUGACUACGGUAUUUCGUUUUCCCUACUUGUGCUAUAUCCAUGGUGGUGGAGCAUUUCUUAUAGCCUAUUUGGUAAUGUUAAUUUUCUGUGCUGUCCCGCUAUUUUAUAUGGAGUUAUUAGCUGGACAGUAUUUUCGUCAAGGUUGUGUCAGUAUAUGGAAAUUAGCAAUACUUUUUAAAG